ACUCCUUCCUGAAGGCAGAUGGUGAUAAAUAGAACACCUCCCCUGCCUUCAGUAUAGUGAAAGACUAUAAUUCUAUAGCCUAAUUGAUUUAGAACUUUAUUCUUUGUCUGGCUUGUUUGUAUCAUAACUGUAGGAGAAUGUUCUCAUCUAAGUGAUUCCAUUAGAGAAUUAUAUCAUGCUUGCCAAUGAUCAGAGCACUCUCUAAUGGUUUCCUGUACUUUUCAAUGCUAAAGGUUGAUUGGCUCAGAGUUUCAACUUUUGCCAACUCAUGUUAUUAGAAGCGGUAUAAAAUCCUGAUCUAGUUCUUUGUGCCACCUUGCCUUGGACAGCAGGUUCCUGGACUGGGUGCUACAAUUCGGCAAGAAUUCCAAACAACAAGACUGACCUGUGUGUGAUACUGCCAACUACAUAUACCUACAAUACAACUGAGAAGUCCAUCACUUCACGGAAAAUCGGUAGCUCCUUUCAGAAGGAAGCUGAGAUAUACCUGCUGAGAGAUAUACUAGCCCACAGAAAAUCCAUCUGGUACCUUGAAAACACUGUUGGAUAUUCCUGUUAAAGAGAGUUCUCUUUGAGCUAUUUGGUUUCUUGAUUUCCUUUCGAAAUGGCAGCUGUCAGUGGAUUUAUAAAAUACUCUAUGUUUAUCUUCAACUUCAUAUUCUGGGUAUGUGGCUGCAUCAUCCUGGGAGUAUCAAUAUAUGCGCGUGUCAGCAAACAUGGUCAAGAGAUCAUCAAUGAAGACACAUCUGGAGUCAACGUAUUUGCAGCUGUAAAUCUCUUGAUAGCUGUGGGCACCAUUAUCAUGGUCCUUGGUUUCCUGGGAUGCUGUGGUGCUAUGAAAGAGAGCCGUUGCAUGCUGCUCUUGUUCUUCAUCGUGUUACUUCUGAUUGCGAUUCUUCAGAUUGUCGCAGGUAUAUUAGGCAUUGUCUACAAAUCCAAGUUUGAAGAAUCAUUUAAAAAGAAUUUCCAGGAACAGGUGAAAACUUUGGUCCAAGAUGGCGCUGAUUAUGAAAUAUUUAAAAAUGACUUGGACAAAUUUCAAAAGGAGUUUAAAUGCUGUGGCUUGAUCGAUGGAGCUGCUGACUGGGGAAAGAACUUCGACAAAUAUUCUGCAUCAUGUGAAUGUACAAACACUACUAAUACAGAUGAUAUUUGUGUACGGUAUAUGGGAAAACUAGUUUACAAAGAGACAUGUGGUAACUAUAUUAUAAAUUUUUUGAAGAAAAAUUUGAUUAUUGUUGCUGGAGUUGCAUUUGGAGUGACAGUGAUUGAGAUACUUGGUUUGGUGUUUUCCAUGGUCUUAUACUGCCAGAUUGGGAGAAAAUGAAACUACAGGAGUUAAACUGUUACCCACAAAAUCUGCCUUUUAACAAUUUGCUUUGCUCCUUAAAAAAAAAAUGCAACUUUGUCAAGAAGCAUUCAGUUUAUGAAAAUACUACAUUUUGAUAAAAGCAUGGGUAAUUUCAUUAUGUAUCAGAAGUCUUUAAGAGUUAAGUGACAUAAUGAUAUGAAUGUAUAUUUUUAUUUGGAAUUAAAACACAUUUUUGUUUUAA